CCAAUGCAAUGAAGUAGGAGUUGCUGUGCGAUCGAGCGAUUUACAAGGCAGGACUACAACAUUAACUUGAAUAUGUUUGGUUACUAUUUACAAACACAGUAAUAUUAUCGGAUAUUUGCGGUCGGUCGACAACAAAUAGAGCACUGAGAAGACCGAGGACUGAGAGAUGGCUUUGUCGGCUGUUUAGAAUCCCGUAGUCCCGUAGAAUGGGACGUAUUUGAAGUUUUGUGUUUGUUUUUUGGCGCUCUGGGACAAGAGUGAGAGAGUUUCAUAUGCGCUGUUAGUCAAAAAGAAAUUCAAUAACCCAUGUUAGCUUGUCUGCUAACGUUUAUUGAGUUCCAUCUGAUUGCAAAAACUUUGGGUUCGAGGAAGUUUUCCUUUUCAGUCACAUCCAUCCUCCUGCGACGGAUAAAUUAACUUACCACAUCGGGCUGGACGGGUUCCUGGCGGCCAUGACAUGGUGAAGGAUGACCGAGGCGAGGUUUCGGGAGGGACCCAGGAACGUUGAUGGCUGGAUGUAGAGAUCAAAUGGUCUUCUAAAGAAGCCAUGGGUAGCUGCUGUAGCUGUCCUGAUAAAGACUCCAUCCCAGACAACCAUCAGAGCAAAUUCAAGGUCAUAAAUGUGGACGACGACGGUAACGAGCUGGGCUCCGGCGUGAUGGAGCUGACGGAGGAGGAGCUCAUCCUGCACACGCGCAAGCGUCACGCCGUCAGGUGGCCCUACCUGUGCCUGCGGCGCUAUGGCUACGACUCCAACCUCUUCUCCUUCGAGAGCGGACGCCGCUGCCAGACCGGCCAGGGUAUCUUUGCCUUUAAGUGUGCCCGGGCGGAGGAGAUCUUCAACAUGCUGCAGGACAUCAUGCACAACAACAGUAUCAGUGUGGUGGAGGAGCCGGUGCUGGAGCCCAGCCAAACCCCCGCCGACGCUGCCGCCGCCGCCACGGACAUCCCCCGCACACCACGCACCCCCACCACUCCAGGUUACUCAGUGCCCACGAUGCCCAAUGGUAUUGGGCGCUACCCCUCUUUCGGCGACGCCUCCUCACGCCCCUCCAGCCGACACCCCUCAGUGGGCAGCGCCCGGCUCCCCUCAGUGGGCGAGGAGUCCACCCACCCGCUACUGGUGUCUGAUGAAACGGUACAUACGUACGUGAACACAUCAGGUGUCCAGGAGGACAGGCGGAGUCGAAGCAGUGUCCACGCCCCUCUGGAUCUGCGGUUGUCCAAUCCCGAGAGCCUGGUGCCCCCCUCGCCCAACGAGGCGUCGGAAGGGCACGUCCUGCUGGAGCCGGAGGGCGUGAAGUUCGUGCUGGGCCCCACGCCGGUGCAGCGGCAGCUCAUGGCCAAGGAGCGGCGGCGGGACUCGUCGGAGAGCGGCGGCGAGGCGGUGGCGAGUGCCGACGCGGAGCCUGCGGGGACCCCCCCUCCCGUUCCUCCUCAUCCCCCCUCCUCGACCGGGGCCCUCAACGGCUGCUCGGCGGCGGCAGCGGUGGCGCCCUCUUCGGGCCUGUCGCUCGACUGCGACACCGGUUAUGACAGCGACGAGCGCAAGGAGACGCCGUCGGCCUCGUCCGCCGCGUCGUCCUCCGCGACGACCGGAGCGAAAGCGUCGGCGUACGAGCACCACAACGGCACGGCGGCCGCGCCCAACCCCGCCCCGGCAGCCCCCGUCCCCCCCGCCGACAGGCCCGCUCCUCCGACGCCGGCCCCGGUUCCGACCGCCACCGCCACCACCACGGUCUCCACGGGUGCCCGUCGGUGCCGGCCGCCCAUCCCCACGCCGGACGCGCAGAACGCCAACAACUCGGCGCAGCGGCGCACGGCCCUGCUCAACUACGAGAACCUUCCGGCGCUGCCGCCCGUCUGGGAGACCCGCAAGCCCCACCCGGAGGCCGACGAGGAGGAGGAGGAGGAGAACAACGCCUACGCGCCAAAGACUCCGUCGCUCAACAACGGCUACCACCACCACCAUCAGCACCAACACCACCAUCACCACCACCACCACCACCACCCGCAGCACACGCCCCACCCGCUCCUCCUGCACCACCACCACCACGGCGGCCUCGACCCGCUGCACAACUACGUCAACACGGAGAACGUGACGGUGCCGCUCAGCGCGCACAAGCCGGACUCGGCCCGGCCGCCGCGCCGGGACUGCGCCGCGUCCCAGCAGCCCUCCGUCUUCAACUUUGACUUUCGGCGGGGCGGCGCGGGCUCGGGCGGCGCGUCGGGGAUGCUCCCGGCGACGCUCAACUACAUCGAGGUGGAGAUGGAGAAGGGCUCGGACUCGAGCGGGCCGCACACGCCCAAGACGCCCACCACGCCGCUGCCGCAGACGCCCACGCGCCGGACCGAGCUCUACGCCGUCAUAGACAUCGAGCGCACGGCGGCCAUGUCCAGCCUGCAGAAGGCGUUGCCGCGUGACGACGGCACCUCCCGCAAGACGCGACACAAUAGUACUGACCUGCCCAUGUGAGCCCGAACCCCCACGAACCUGACCCCAACCCAACCCAAGCACUGUCUCCAGUUGCACCUUUUUCGUUUUGUUUUGUUUUCUCGUCACGUCUUGUUAUUUUGUCCUUGUUUUGUUUUUGUCUGCUUGUAAAUAUAUAUAUAUUUACAAGCAGAAUUUUUUUUUUUUUAAUAUCUGAAGGUGAUAGGGCUGUUUUUGUUUUGAUGACCUUCUUAAAAUAUCAGCUUUGUAAAAAAAAAAAAAGUAUCACCCGUUAAAAAGAAAAGAAAGAGAGAUGGAAAAACUAGCCAAACGAACGCCCCCUUUCUCAGCGCUUACUGGCAGCAGUGCCACCGGGUACUGAAAGCUGACCUGAAAGGGAAAGCUAAAAUAGGUACUUGCCACAUAACAACACUAUCCUCUUCCUCUAAAAAGCCUGACGACAUUUCUCCUUCAACAAGAUUCUCCAGUGCCUCACUUUAUAAAGUUGAUUCACAGCUGUGGAACCCAACAAGGGUGAAUGUCUUGCAAAAAAAAAAAGAAAGAAAGAAAAAAAAAUUCCAACUACAAUUAUGUGACACUAUAGUGCAGGAUUCAUCAUUGUAGAUUUCCUCAGUUGAUACCUUUCCUCUUUCUGUGUUGUAAUUUAAGGACCACCAGUAGGUACACUGCAGUCACUUUAGUCUACUUGGUACAGUACAUGCCAAAAUAUCAUGCCCUCUUGUACACUAUAAAAAGCUGGAAUUUUUAUCUAGUUUAUGCUGGUUGUACUUAAGGUACUCGACUGGGCAUAUAUACACUAUACAUAUGUACGUUUUAUCUAUUUUCAAAGAGCGACCCUUUUUGCAUGCACGUUUGAAUCAUCCUGAAAAGUACAUCGCACUCAUCUUAAUACCUCGGUCACGGAGAAAGUUCCCCUGGACGGUUGGUGAUCGAGCAUGGUCAAGUGUCCUUAAUGACAUUCCUGAUUGUAUAAAACAUAAAAGAAGAAUAAUGAAAAACAGAUUGUUUACUAUACAAGAGGCGAACAGUUUCAUAGGAAUCUGGAUUCCGACGUGUCCUCCUGUUACUUUCGUUAUUGUAUCAUAUUGUAAAAUGUACUAUAUGCUCUAACUUGCAUUAUUUUUUGUUUUUGUUUUUUUUUCUACCUAUCUUUUUAGAGAAUACAUAGAACUAUAGGAAUUGUAUAAAAGUAGUAAAAAAAAAAAUAGAUAUGUUUAUCAAGCCAAUAAAACAUUAGUGACAAAUUGAGACCCCUUUUUGCCAAAUCUUUUUUUUUCACGAUAUAACAGUCUCUGAAAUAUCAGAAUUUCUCUAGAGGCCACCCACAGCAUUAUUAAACAUUCCAGAUUGACCUCUGUCGGAGUCCAUUUUGUUCCUGUUGGGACACUGGACUGUGCAGUGAAAGGGUGUUUUCAUCCUUGUGUUACAUACAGAAGCUCAGAAUGGACUUUUUAUUGACAUUUCAUUUUGAUAUUGGCUUUUUUUUUCAGGUAUGGAUAUUAGUUUACCAAAUGUUUGUAUUUUUUAAAGAAAAAAAAAAAACGAUGAAAAGACAUUGUGUAUUUUGUGAUAUUUACAUCAUUAUGUCAUACGCCAUCAGUGCCAACACCCUAUUUUUUUGUAGCAUGGCAAAAUAAUAAUUAAAAAAGAAAAAAACUUA